AUGGCAGCCCCCAAGCAGUUUAUGGCGAAUGUCAAGUCGGUCUUGAGUGGCGACACUCUGAUCUUGACUUCGCCACAAAACCCGACAUUGGAACGCACCUUCUCGCUGGCCUACGUGGAUGCUCCUCGUCUGCGCAAGGAAGGAGAUGAGCCUUUCGCUUUUCAAUCUCGCGAAUUUCUGAGAGGACAGCUUGUGGGCAAGCAGGUUAAAUGCAACGUAUACUACACCAUACCCACCUCAGGACGCGAAUAUGGCAUCGUGCAACUGCAGGACGGCACAGACCUUCCAAUCGACGCCGUCAAGGCUGGCUGGCUUAAGGUCCGUGAGGAUGCUGGUCGCAAGGAGGAGUCUGAGGACCUCCUAGCCAAGAUUGACGAUCUGAAGGAAGCCGAGUCCCAGGCUAAGUCGGAAGAGAAGGGUGUGCACGGCAAGGGAGGCUCAAUUGAGGUUCAGAAUGACCUUGGAACUCCCGACUUUUUCAACCAAUGGAAGGGCAAGACGGUCGAUGCUGUCGUUGAAAGAGUUCUGAGCGGUGAUCGCAUUCUCUGUCGAUUGUUACUGUCCGACAAGAAGCAUCUGCAAGUGAUGACCUUGAUCGCCGGUAUUCGUACCCCGGCAACCGAGAGAACAAACACUUCCACCGGCACAUCGCAACCGGCUGAAGAAUUUGGUAACGAAGCACGCGCGUAUGUUGAGCACAGAAUCUUGCAACGUAAUGUUAAGGUCGACAUGGUCGGUGUAAGCCCUCAAGGUCAGCUGGUUGGACACGUCGUGCACCCUCGUGGCAGCAUCGCCGAGUUCCUUCUUGCAGAUGGUCUGGCGCGGUGCAACGACUUCCACUCGACCAUGCUUGGUGAGAAGAUGGCCGCUCUCAGAGCUGCCGAGAAGAAGGCACAGAUCGGCAAACUUCGAUUGCACAAGAAUAGCAAUGUCAAGGCCACCGAUGGAGGCUCUUCAGACAUGAUCGUUUCCAGGAUCCACGCUGCCGACACGAUUUACGUGAGAACCAAGGAAGGUCAGGAGAAGCAAGUCAGCCUAAGCAGCGUCCGCGCACCUCGAGCGAAGGAGCCGUCCGAGUCCCCAUUUAGGGAUGAGGCGAAAGAGUUCCUGCGCAAGAAGCUCAUCGGCAAGCAUGUCAAGGUUAAGAUUGAUGGAACCAAGGCUGCAAGUGAAGGAUUUGAGGCCAGAGAUGUUGCCACUAUUACCCAAAAUGGCAAGAAUAUCAACCUUCAAUUGGUAGAAGAGGGUUGGGGUUCAGUCAUUCGACACCGCAAGGACGACACGGAUAGGGCCGAGAACUACGACGAACUACUUGCUGCUCAGGAAGCUGCCCAGUCGGAAAAGAAGGGGAUGUGGUCCGGUAAAGCCUCCAAGGCCAAGACCUAUACCGACGCGUCUGAGUCUGUCCAGCGCGCGAAGAUUCAGGCCUCCACCUUGCAGAGACAGAAGAAGGUUCCUGGAAUCGUUGAUUUCGUCAAGUCUGGCUCAAGAUUCACAGUCUUGAUUCCACGUGAAGGCGUCAAGAUUACCUUGGUUCUGGCCGGCAUUCGUGCUCCUCGAGCACCUCUCCGUGGAGAGAAGGGCGAGCCCUUUGGUCAGGAGGCAUACGAUUUUGCCAGCCGCCGAUGCAGCCAGCGCGACGUUGAAAUUGAUGUCUACGAUGUUGACAAGGUUGGCGGCUUCAUUGGUGAUCUCUACUUAAAUCGAGAAAGCUUUGGUAAGCAGCUGGUGGAGGAGGGUCUGGCCGAGGUCCACCAGUAUUCCGCGGAGAAGUCUGGCAACGCAGCUGAAUUAAAUGCUGCGCAGAAGCGAGCAAAGGAAGGACGCAAGGGCAAGUGGCACGAUUGGGACCCUUCGCAAGACGAGGAUGCUGAUGAAGCUGCUUUUGAGGAAACCUCAGCCGAGCCUGCAGCUCAGGACAAGCAAAGUGCACAGUACAAGGAUGUCGUUGUCACCAACAUCGACGCCAACGGAAAGCUCAAGAUCCAGAUCAUCGGCUCGGGCACUGCAGCCCUCGAGACCCUGAUGAGCGAGUUCAAGAAGUUUCACCUGGAUUCGAAGAACAACAAGCCCCUGGCAAACCCACCAAAGACUGGAGAUGUCGUCGCUGCAAAAUUCUCAGCCGAUGGCCAGUGGUACAGAGCGAAAGUUCGAUCAAACGACCGUACCGCCAAGGUGGCCGAGGUUGUUUAUAUCGACUACGGUAACUCGGAAAAGAUUGCUUGGUCUAGUCUGCGAGCUCUCGACCAAGCUCAGUUCACGACACAACGCCUCAAGGCCCAGGCUGUCGAUGCUGUGCUUUCCUACAUCCAGCUACCCAAUGGCAACUACUUUGACGACGCAAUCAACUUCCUCGCUGAUGCGACAGAUGGAAGAAAAUUGGUUGCUAGCGUUGACUUCGCCGAUGCUAAGGAAGGUCUCAGCUACGUGACUCUGUUCGACGCAUCUAGUGGUAGCGCAUCCUUCACCGAUUCACUUAACCGUGAGAUUGUGGCAGAGGGUCUUGCUUUGAUCCCCAACAAGCUGAAGGCUUGGGAGAGAGGAACCCAGAGCACGGAGGUGCUGAAGAAGCUGCGCGAGGUCGAGUCUCAAGCCAAGUCCGAGAGACGUGGUAUGUGGGAGUAUGGUGAUAUCACUGAAGACUAA